AUGGAAAAACUAAAUUUGGUGGGGCAUGUGGCCCCAACGGAGAAAGAAAAGAUAAAGGCUUAUCUAAAAGGGUUGCCCGCCGACAUGAUGGUAAUGGUCAGGAAUUCCAGAGCCUCUACCCUUAGAGAGGCAAUCGAAGAGGCAAAGAUCAUGGAGUCAGUGUACAACAAAGGGAGAGAAGAGAAAGCGGCUAGCAGUGAAAAAAGGAAGUGGGAAGGUCACCAUGCACCUUCCAAGAGACCAAACCAUCUCAACAACAACAAUCGUGGAGCCUAUCCUAGACAUGAGGCCAAGUGGUGUUCCAAAUGCCGCACUAAGAACUAUGGCUCGUGCACCACCAACUCUACUCCCGCAAAAUGUUUUAAAUAUGGGAAGUCAGGCCACAUGCGAAAUGAGUGUCCUAUCAAAGGACCCAUCUGUUUUGGAUGCGGAAAACCGCGUCAUUUCAAGAAUGACUGUCCGAAGAUGAAGGCAGGAGGGGGCCAGGGAAGGAAAGAAAAUACCCCGAGAGCGACCGGCCGAGCCUUUCAGAUGACUGCGGAGGAAGCCAAGGCAUCAACGGACGUAGUGUCGGGUACGUUCCUUGUUAACUUCGUACCUGCACAUGUGCUUUUUGAUUCGGGUGUUUCAUGUUCUUUUGUAUCCAAUACAUUUUAUCAACAUUUGCACAUGCCUCCUAGCGCACUAGAAGAUGCCCUGAUCGUAGAGAUAGCGAAUGGUAACAGAGUUCUAGUGCGUGAGAUUGUUAGGGGUUGUGUUUUGGAAAUCGAGGGAAAGGAAUUUAAGGUAAAUCUAAUACCCAUGUCUAUCGGUGGUUUUGACAUUAUAAUUGGAAUGGAUUGGUUAGUAAAGAACCAAGUGGAAAUCUUAUGUUCUAAGAAAUUGAUUCGAAUUCAUUUACCGGACGGGGGCGCAAUGAUAGUUUACGGAGAAAGAAAACAGGGAAAUGUAAUGCUCAUAUCCGUGGCAAAGGUGCGCAAAUGCCUAGCUAAAGGGUGUCCCUCGUUCAUCGCUUAUGUGUUGGAUGGUCAAACUAGAAAAGAGAAGGAUUGA